AUGGCAGCCUCCGGUAAAGCAGCCAUAGUGCUGAAAGCGGUAAAGAAAGUCGCCGUCCACUUUUGUCCCUUUGAGGCCAACGUCCGCUCGACUCGGGAAUUUCUUGUCGUGGUGGGCUCGGAGAAGGCUAGAUCCACCAAUUUAAACUGCGAAGUGAUAUCUGUGGUGAAACACGACAAAUCUGAACCUUUAGUGGAUAUCACUUAUAUUGACGGUGAGAGGCUGCUGAUGAAAGGCGCCAACCUGACCAGUAAAGAGAUGCUCAGCGCCUUCCAGGCCCGAUGCAACGCCAAGGAUCCCCAAGGCCAAACUGCUGCCAAAUAA